AUGAGGAAGAUGGGGAGCUCCUCAGAUCUUGAGGAAACAGACCACACUGAGGAGACGAAUGCUUCUGCUGAUGACUCACACAGCGAAGAAAACAGUCAUUCCGCCCAUGAAAACAGUCAAUGCAUAAAAAUAAAACAAGCCAAGUACGCCAUCUUUGGUUCACCAAAACCUAGAGGUCGACGUUUUGGCAAAGCAGACACUGAACGAGAAAUGGCCCCCAUGGACUCUGUCUAUCAAGUAGAAAGCAAAAUGAUGUCUCCAACAAUUAAGUUCCAUGUAAACAUUGAAAAAGGAAAACAGGGUAACCAGUUAACCAGGCAAAGUUCCUCUGUAGAAUCCACAAACAGCUGUAAGGACAGAACAUUCAAGUUGUACGAUCGGACCAGGAUUUUUGAUGCUGUGGCCUAUGGGGACUGUCAAGAAUUAGAUGAUCUUCUGGUUUAUUUACUCCGUACUCAGAAACAUCUUACCGAUAAAGAAUUUAAAGAACCAGAAACAGGGAAAACUUGUCUACUAAAAGCCAUUCUGAAUCUGAAUCAUGGAAAAAACUAUACCAUUCCACUCUUAUUAGAAAUUGCAGAGAAGACAGACAAUUUGAAAGAAUUCAUCAACGCAGCUUACACAGACACCUAUUACAGAGGUCAGACUGCUCUUCAUGUUGCUAUUGAACGAAGGAACAUGACCCUGGUGGAGCUCUUGGUACAAUAUGGAGCUGAUGUUCAUGCAAGAGCAGAUGGGGAAUUCUUCAGGAAAGCCAAAGGAAGGGCUGGAUUCUACUUUGGGGAACUGCCUCUGUCUUUAGCAGCGUGUACAAACCAGAUACAGAUAGUCCAAUACCUUCUUCAGAACCAGUACUCUCCAGCCAACAUUGCCGCCCGUGACUCCUUCGGAAACACAGUGCUGCACUCACUGGUUGACAUUGCAGACAACACUGUGGAGAACACAAAGUUUCUUACCAAGAUGUAUUCAGAAAUUUUGGUACUGGGUGCACAGAUAAAGCCUUCCCUGAGACUGGAGGAUAUUGCCAAUAAGAAAGGUCUCACUCCUUUAACUCUAGCAGCAAAAACUGGCAAAAUUGGGGUGUUUGCGUAUAUCCUUCGGAGGGAAAUAAAGAAUCCAGAGUGCCGACAUCUCUCUAGAAAGUUCACCGAAUGGGCUUAUGGGCCUGUCCACUCUUCUCUGUAUGAUCUGUCUGGUGUGGACACCAUGGAGAAAAACUGUGUGCUUGAGAUUAUUGCCUACAGCAAUGAGACACCGAACCGUCAUGACAUGCUUCUAGUAGAGCCUCUCAACAGACUUUUACAAGACAAGUGGGAUCGCUUUGUCAAACGUGUAUUCUACUUUAACUUCCUGAUGUAUGUGGCAUAUAUCACCAUCUUCACCAUAGCUGCCUACUACAGACCAGUGCAGGGCGACCCCCCAUUUCCAGUAGAUAGCAUGCUUCGUACCACAGGUGAAGUGAUCACGCUUUUAGGAGGAGUCUAUUUCUUUUUUAGAGGGAUCCAGUACUUCAUUCACAGACGUCCAACUAUAAAGGCAUUAGUGACUGACAGCCACAGUGAAGUCUUGUUUUUUAUUCAGUCUGUCUUUCUGCUGCUCUCUGCAUUCCUUUACUGUCUUGGGCAACAUGAAUAUGUGGCUUUUAUUGUGAUUUGUUUAGCCAUGAGCUGGGUCAAUGUCCUCUACUAUACCAGGGGGUUCCAGCAAAUGGGGAUCUAUGCUGUGAUGAUUGAGAAGAUGAUUGUGAGAGAUAUGCUUCGCUUCAUGCUUGUCUACAUUCUGUUCCUUAUCGGAUUUGCGGCAGCGCUGGUGACUCUUAUUGAAGAUGGAGACAGCACAAGGAAUGAAACGAGCUAUUCAAACACAAAACGUUGUUGCAAAGCAGAUCCGGCCUCUUUCAACAGCUUGUACUUCACCUGCCAAGAACUGUUCAAAUUUGCCAUUGGGAUGGGAGACCUGGAGUUUACUGAGAACUACAAGUACAAGACUAUAUUCGUCUUCCUACUGAUUACAUACGUCAUUCUCACCUACAUCCUCCUGCUGAACAUGCUGAUAGCUCUGAUGGGGGAGACAGUGAACAAGAUUGCUCAGGAGAGUAAAAGCAUCUGGAAACUGCAAAGGGCAAUCACUAUACUGGACAUUGAAAAAAGUAUGUUGAGCUACAUCACAAACAGAUUCCGAUCUGGAAAAUCUGUGCUGGUGGGAUUAACUCCUGAUGGCAAGGAGGAUUACAGAUGGUGCUUCAGAGUUGAUGAGGUAAAUUGGACCAAGUGGAACUCAAAUUUAGGAAUAAUCAAUGAAGAUCCUGGAAAUUGUGGAAUGAUGAAAAGUCCUCUGAAUGCUUCAUUUCGAAUAUCAAGAAAGAAAACAUGGAAAACCUUAGUGCCGCACAUCAGGGAAUUCAGCAUCAAAGGAAAGAGAGUGAAAGAACCAGAAGAAACCAAUGUGCAGCUGCAGCCCAUAUCAGAAGGUUUCACCGAACAGGAGUCCUUUGAAGAUGGGACAGCUAAGCCACUGUAA